GGGAGGGGAGGAAGAGGGAGGGAGGUAAGAGAGGUGAGGAGGAGGAGGGAGAAGAAGGAGAAACAGAAGAACAAGGUCCCGGUUGAGGAAUUCUGGACAUAAACAGCGUGAAAAUGACGAUGUCCGUCCCGGAGAGGAAAUCAGGAUCGGAGGGGAAGGAGGAGGAGAGCGAGGAUGAGAGCGAGAUCGUGGAGGAGAGCCCGUGCGGCCGCUGGCAGAAGCGCAAGGAGCAGGUCAGCCAAGGAAAUGUCCCCGGGGUGGAGAGUGCGUCCCUGGCCAUGGACACAGAGGAGGGUGUGGAGGUGGUGUGGAACGAGGUGCUCUUCUCCGACAAGAAGGUCUUCAAAGCACAGGAGGAGACGAUCAAGGAGAUGUUUGAGAACCUGAUGCAGGUCGAACACCCGAACAUCGUCAAGUUCCACAAGUACUGGCUGGACAUGCAGGAGAGCCAGGCUCGGGUUAUAUUCAUCACAGAAUACAUGUCGUCAGGCAGCCUCAAGCAGUUCCUGAAGAAAACUAAGAAGAACCACAAGACCAUGAAUGUGAAGGCCUGGAAGAGAUGGUGCACUCAGAUUCUCUCAGCUCUCAGUUAUCUCCACUCCUGUGAUCCACCAAUAAUCCAUGGCAACCUGACGUGCGACACCAUCUUCAUCCAGCACAACGGCCUCAUCAAGAUCGGCUCAGUGUGGCACCGGCUAUUUGUUAAUGUGUUUCCAGAUGCCAGUCUUCACGGUAAAGAGAGGCAACAUCGUGACGAGCAGAGGAAUCUGCAUUUCUUCGCUCCGGAAUACGGAGCCGGAGAAGAUGAUUACGCCAUGGACAUUUUCUCCUUUGGCAUCUGCGCUCUCGAGAUGGCAGUACUGGAGAUCCAGGCCAACGGGGAUAUAGCUGUUUCCAAGGAGGCCAUCGUCAAUGCAGGUCAAUCUCUGGAAGACCCUCUCAUGAGAGAGUUCACACAGUCUUGUUUGCGUCACGAAAGAAAGCUCCGUCCCACGGCUCACGACCUUCUGUUCCACCGGGUCCUGUUCGAGGUCCACUCCCUCAAACUGCUCGCCGCCCACUGCCUCAUCAAUAACCAGUACUUGCUCCCUGAGAACUGUGUGGAGGAGAAAACCAAGUCCUUUGACCCCAGUGCUGUCAUGGCAGAGAUUAAACACGAGGACAGACCGGGAGUUCAGCUCAAAUAUUCACACGUGUCUCCUUUGGAGCUUGAUAAGUUCCUGGAGGAUGUGAAGAAUGGGAUUUACCCUCUGAUGAACUUUGCAUCGUCCCGGCCUCAUCCCGUCCCUCGAGCCCUGUCCUUGUCUCACGAGCAGGUCGAGACAGUGAAGACGCCGACUCCUGAACCUCAGGAGACAGAAUCUAGAAAGGUUGUUCAGAUGCACUGUAAUUUGGAGUCAAAUGAAGAAGGGACCAAAACUCAUCUCUCGUUGUUUCUGAAGAUGGAUGAUAAACUUCACAGGCAGCUCAGCUGUGACAUCCUUCCAACUGACACCUCCAAAGACCUUGCCAGUGAACUUGUUCACCAUGCCUUCAUUACUGAGGAGGACAGUGAGAAGGUGGCGGGGUUCCUGGAGGAUGCCAUCAGCCGACACCGGGUCAAAGCACUCGCCUCUGGCAGCACACAGUGAGGAGAGGGUCACAACGAUGUCGGGCCCGGACUUAAGGGGCCCACAGUGUUGACCAUAAGGAUGAAGACAGGGAGAGGGCAGGAUCACACAGCCGGGAUCAGAGGGGAGCCGACCCAUUUGGGGAUAAAACGGGGACAAAUGCAGAAGGACGCUGGGUCUUGACAGUCAGUAAUCCAUCCCAGAGAGAAGGAGGAGACGCGGGCACUGAGAGACGAACUGAAGGCACCUCUGGUUGGACGACUAGAGGCAUCAUGGCCGUGUUCAGCAAUCCCACAAUGCAGCGGCAGAUCGACAAACUCCCUGCCUAAAAGGGCUAUCACGCCUUAAUAUAUUUUACAACUAAGGUUUUAACCAUAAUGUCACUAAUCAGAACGGAUAUGUUUCACUUUGAAAUGCAGCAGCCGCCUUUGCAGGAACGUUUUAUCGCUCAUAAGCAUAAUUUUGCACUCCAACGUCCACGUUGAUUGGUGACGACUUACUCUGAAAUGUAAACAAAGUCAUUUACUAAGGCCUCUCUCUCCCUCCUCAGCCAGAACAUUCAUUUUAUUACCUUUUUGGGGAAUUUAAUAUUCCAUAAAACCUGUACUGUUCAUCCUUAUUUAUUUAUGUUUAACUGUGAACAAUAGCAUCUAACACGUUUUUCUUUUUUAUUAUUAUCUGCAAAAUUAACACACCUUACUGCGCUCUCGGGUUAAAGGCUCUUUCUCCCGGAGGUAAACACGCCGCGCCUACAUGUAGUGAUGAGAUGAUGCCUCUCUUUUAGCCUGUAGUGCUCUUAAGGGUUUUCCCUGUAAAAGUGUUCUGAAAGCCAAAGACUUGCAAAGUGCCUGAUAUGGCAAUGUACUUCGGACAAAGAUUUCCUAAUGAAAAAAUCACACCCAACUUGAAUUUUGUUCUAAUAUUCAGGCUGACUGUUUUAAAACUAGAAAUAUUUGAGACUCAUAUCCACAAAGUCCACAAAGUCAGCCUGUGAGAAUAGGAGCAUGAACUCGACACACCCGACAAUGGGAGCUCCAUUAAGAGCUGCAGCCGCUGUACAUUGGACAAAUGGAUCAGAGGAUAAUUCUCUCUGCUCCAGUCAAUAUUGGUUUUGGAAGAGCUGCAGCUUAUGUAAAAAAAAAAAAAUCGUAAUACAUCAUGAGAGGCCUGAGAUUUAGAGUCAUAGUCGUACGUGAAUGGGAGAAAAGGUUUUGGUGAUUUGACCUUAAGACUUAUCAAUACAAAAACUAUAUUGUUAAUAAAUGUUACUGCUAUACUUAUUUUGUUGUAUCCCCCCAAAACCAGAUGGGAAUACUUUCUAACAAUGAAUUUGAUUUGUAAACAGGUCUGGAGGAGUUUAAAGGGAAAAAUCCACCCAAGUGUUCUGAAACCUUAUGGUGCAAGUAGAGAAUAUUCAAGGUAAAAGUGUCUUGGUGAGGUGUCUGGCCAUCUGGCAAAAGACAAUAUCUUAAUUUAUGCAGCAAUUCUCCAAAUAAUGUUACAAAGUGCUGCAUAUACUAAAAUAAGAACAUACAGACAACAUGAUAACAAAUAAAAACACUCAAAAACAAAUAAAAACAAUGUAAAGAAUUUUAAACGUGACCCAUAAAGAUUAUGAGAAUAGAAUUUAGUAAAAUCAAGAAAUGCGGUACAAUAAAAGUACCAAGCUUUGUUUUAAAGGAAGUUACUGACUCAGCCCGCAGUAUUUCCUCGGGCAGGUUGUUCCAGAGCCUCUAAACUAACAUUACUGCUCCAUAGGGAUGAGAUCUAGGGAGUUGCAUCAUUUUCAUACUCAUCAAGCUGCUUAUUGACCCCCUCGUGAUUUUAAUCUUAGUAAUGGAGGAUUGAUGCACUGCAGCCAUGAUACGAUAACAUCCCUCUCUAAGUAACCGUCAGCUGAGGCAGCGUCUGUCUUGUGUUCUGUUCCUCACAUGUCACAAAUUAAGUCACUGUUGCUAUUGACACACUCAGCUGAACUCAAGCCCCAACAAUGGAACCUCUUUCAACAUCACUGGGAUCUGUUCCUUCUCCCAUCUUGAUACAACAUCAAAAUUAACUGGAUUCAACAUUUUCAUACAUUCAAGUGGGACUUGAGUUAAUUGCUACUCUGCAUCAUGAAGUGCAUCUGCAUCGUUUCUCUUUCUCCACUCGUUCAUUCAGUUUUUUUCCCGCUUUAAUGGUUUAUCUGUUUAUAUUUGUAUCUCAAAAAGAUUUUAUGAUGGAUAAGCAUUCAGCAUUUCCAUUGGCUUCUGAAACAUCAUUUCUGACUGAAUGUUCUGUGUGAUGCCCAUUUCCAAGAACAAAAUGUGAUUCUGUUUGAGACAAUGUCAGAGUGAACCUUGGAAUAGAUUUCACCGCAGCCCACGCAAAACACAAAAAUAGGAAACAUCUUCGGCUCUGCGAGAUUUGCUCGUAUAAAAGCUCAAUAUUUGCACCAUAAAAUAACUUUUGGGUGGAUUUUUUCUCUACAAAAAACAGUGAAAUGUCUUAAGAGUUUUCAGGAGAAUGCUCUCAUCUGUCAGACUCACUUAGUUCUGCUUCAUUUGCUUCCUGGGUGUGUAAAGUGGCAGUUUCAUAACAGUUGCACUGCUGUACAGUCGUUGCUUAUAGUGCUUACUUACUAUAACUCUGUGUCGAGCCUUUUUAUCAGCGUGUCCUUGAAGACAGAGGCCCUGAAUUCAACCAGACAUUCACUUGCUAGAGGCCGUGGUGUACAUAUUUGUUUGUGGCUAUUAAAGGGGGGUUUACUUUGGAUAGAAAUUCAAAGCAAAGCCAUUGCUCUCAUUUGAUCUGUAAGCUGCAUGUCUUAAUAGCCUGCAACCAUUCAAAACUUAGCAUUUUGCCUUUUUCUCAGUCACAGUUCGGUCCCACCGGGGACCCGACCAAGGAAAUGAAUGUUUAGACUGUGCAAACAUGACAAAAAAAAAAAUCCAUAUCAGUCUUACAUUAUGUCUGAUUACUUUUGUUUCCUGUGACUCUGUUGAAUGAAAUUUGCCUUUGGAUGUGUUCCACUUAAACCUUUGUUAAAUAUCGUUGGUACUGCAAUCAAUUAAAUGACAAUAAACUAUAUGUAAAAUGUU